AUGAGAAAUUUGUGUUCUAUAAAUUAUAUGGCAUCACCUAUCACGAGCCAAGAAGAACAUAUAAUUGAUAAUAUUUUCAUGAAUAAUGAAGAAUUAGCAGUUGAUUGUACUGAAUGCAAAAAAAGACCAUCUAUUCAGAAAUGCAGCUGUGACAAAUAUUUAUGCUCUUUCUGUGCAAGAAAUCACUGAAAAAUUAUGAAUGAAAUAAUUCAAGUAGAUCACUAUUUUUCCAAGGGACAGAGUCAAUUCCCGCAUCCAAUUCCUAUUAAUCGUGAAAUCGAAAGCCUCAAUAUUAUCCUAGGAAAUACUCUAAGUCUCUGCUCAGAUGUAAAAUCGUUGUAUGAGAGCAUGAAAAACCAAAAGGGUAACUUGCUUUAUCAAUUAGGAAAGGCAGCGGCAUCAAAUCAAAUAAAAGAAUUGAGUGAGAAAAUGAAAAAAAUAGAAAACUAUGAAACAAUUAUAGCAGAUUUUUAUCACAGUAGCUUCAAACAAAACUUAUAUAUACUAACUCCCCCCCCCCCCUCCGUGAGCGAACAAAAAAAUUUUGUUCGCUCACGGAGGGGGGGUUAAUUUUUUUUUUUAAAAAAAUUUUAUAUAUAAAUUUUAUAAAAAAUAUUUUUUUCGAAAUUUAAAAAAAUCCUAAUUUGCAAAAAUUGGGAAGCAAAUAUUAAUUUAAUUUGCAAAAUUUAUGUUUUUAAAACGCAAUUUGUUUAAAAUUAAACAGAAUUAGCUCUAGAUUUCAUUAUACUAAUUAUCACUUAUAUAUCAAAAUUUUUUUCCAUUAAAAUUUUUUCUAUUAAAAAAAUUUUUGUUCACUCACGGAGGGUGGGUUUUUGGUCAAAAAAUGGCGAUUUUUCUAAUGGUUUUGUUCGCUCACGGAGGGGGGGGGAGUAAGGGAAUUAUUGUAUUACAAUUAUAAAAAUUUCUCGGAUUCAGUUUUCUAUUAUAAAAGAGAAAUUUGCAAUUAAUAAUGCCUACUACAAAGCUGAAGAUAUAAAGUAUGCAAUAGAUAUUAGGCUAGGUGAUUUUAACAAGAUUGAAAAUUUAACAAACUGGUUUGAAAAUUUAGAUUUAGAAGUCAUGAUGACAACUCUGAGAACUUUUGUGAUUAUGAAAAAUAAAUUUAAUGAGCAAUUCAAGCAAGAGAAAGUAAAUAAGAUAAUCGAAUUAUUUAAUACUCCUCCCAUAAAUUAUUAUAGAUUUGCCAUUUUUUUUUAAAUUAAAAUAGAUUUAGAGGUUUAUCAUACAAUCAUCUGAAUGAGUUAAUAGAAGUGAAGUGGAAAUUGAUCAAUACCAACAAAUGAUAAUUGAUGGAAUGUAUAGAAAAAUUAAUAACUAG